UUGGCUCCUUGGUCUGGGCUUGAGCCCCUGGAAAAGUAAUUAAUGAGGGAUUAAUGAGAUUCCCAAAGUCAACAGAAAAAUCGAUGAGCCGUGGAGCCUGAGCGGCGGCUGCGCAUUCCCGCGGGGGGAGGGCAUCGGUCGCGAGCGCUGGACCUCACCUGGACGGAAGGUCGGCGCUGUGCCCCAGUUGGUGGUUGGCCCGCGGCGAUGCCUGCCCAGUCCUCAGCUCCUGUUGAGGCUCCACCCAUGCCCUCUGCAGAAGUGCAGGAGAAUGAAGCGGGCCCAGCCAAGGAGCACCACGGGAACGUGGGGGCAGAGGAGACAGGGGCCUCCGGUGCACCCCAGCAGAAGUCCUGGCUGGUGCGACAUUUCUCCCUGCUGUUGCGGCGGGACCGGCAGGCCCAGAAGGCCGGGCAGCUCUUCUCAGGACUGCUGGCCCUCAACGUGGUAUUCCUGGGUGGGGCCUUCAUCUGCAGUAUGAUCUUCAACAACGUGGCGGUCACUCUGGGCGACGUGUGGAUCCUGCUGGCCGUGCUGAAGGCCCUGUCCCUCCUCUGGCUCCUCUACUACACCGCAGGCACCACGCGGCGGCCCCACGCAGUGCUCCACCGGGACCCUCACGCGGGACCCAUUUGGGUUCGGGGCUCCCUGGUGCUCUUUGGCAGCUGCACUAUCUGCCUCAACGUCUUCCGCAUGGGCUACGACAUGAGCCACAUCCACUGCAAGUCAGAGCUGGAGCUUAUCUUCCCCGUCAUCGAGAUCAUGUUCAUGGGCGUCCAGACCUGGGUGCUCUGGAAACACUGUAAGGACUGCGUUCAGGUGCAGACCAACCUCACUAGGUGUGGCCUGAUGCUGACGCUGGCCACAAACCUGCUGCUGUGGAUUCUGGCUGUGACCAAUGACUCCAUGCACCGCGAGAUUGAGGCUGAGCUCAACGCCCUCGUGGAGAAGUUCUCAGGCAACGAGACCAACACCUGCCUGUGCCUCAACGCCACCGUGUGCGAGGUCUUCCRGAAGGGCUACCUGAUGCUCUACCCCUUCAGCACCGAGUACUGCCUCAUCUGCUGUGCCGUGCUCUUCGUCAUGUGGAGGAACGUGGGCCGCCGCCUGGCAGCCCACGCGGGCCCGCGCCCCGGCACCCGACCCUUCCACCUGCACGGGGCCAUCUUCGGGCCGCUGCUGGGCCUGCUGGCGCUGGUGGCCGGCGUGUGCGUCUUCGUGCUCUUCCAGAUCGAGGCCAGCGGCCCGGCCAUCGCGCGCCAGUACUUCACCCUGUACUACGCCUUCUACGUGGCUGUGCUGCCCGCGAUGAGCCUGGCGUGCCUGGCGGGCACGGCCAUCCACGGGCUGGAGGAGCGGGAGCUGGACACGCUGAAGAACCCCACCCGCAGCCUGGACGUGGUGCUGCUGAUGGGCGCYGCGCUGGGCCAGGUGGGCAUUGCCUACUUCUCCAUCGUGGCCAUUGUGGCCACUCACCCGCAAGAGCUGCUCAACCGGCUCAUCCUGGCCUACUCGCUGCUGCUCAUCCUGCAGCACAUCGCCCAGAACCUYUUCAUCAUCGAGGGCCUGCACCGCCGGCCGCUCUGGGAGGUGCCUCCGGAGGGCCCCGCAGGGAAGUGCGAGGCCGAGCCUCCCCGCAGGGGCUCCCUGCUCGAGUUGGGCCAGGACCUGCGCAGGGCCUCCCUGGCCUAUAUCCACUCCUACAACCACCUCAACUGGAAGCGUAGGAUUCUCAAGGAGAUCUCACUCUUCCUCAUCCUCUGCAAUAUCACGCUAUGGAUGAUGCCUGCAUUUGGCAUACACCCAGAAUUUGAGAAUGGGCUGGAAAAGGAUUUCUACGGUUACCGGACGUGGUUCACCAUCGUCAACUUUGGCCUGCCUCUGGGGGUCUUCUACCGCAUGCACUCUGUGGGAGGGUUGGUGGAGGUUUACUUGGGGGCCUGAGGCUGCCCCAGGAAACCACCCUCAGCAAAACCCUGAAGU